AUGAAUCCUACCACAGAAGACACUGAUUCGCAGGGUGAUCAUAAAAUAGCUAAAAACCGUGAAUAUGAUGACGACCUAUGGCCGCCAAGACUUCCGUUGACUCCGUUCUUGUUCUAUGUUGCACACAUGACGGCCAUGAUGUCGGUUCCGAUUAACUUCGACCCAUUGACACAAGCAAGUCAAUUUGGUACGGAAUGGCAGGCCAUGACACCAGAAGAGCGAGCUCCUUGGGAAAAGAAAGCAGAGAAGGACAAGGAAAAGUACGAUGACGAGAUAGCGGAUUACCUAGUCAAACACAAGGCGAUGAUGGGCGUAGCAAGCGAGUUGAUGAUGGAAGCAGACGUGAACAACGAUGAUUGCAAUGAUGGUAAUGUUGUAAUGGACGCGGGAGUUAUGAAUGAUCGAGAACUUGAAGAUUCCUUGGACAGAAUUCUCCAUAUGCCUGACUUUACUGAGGAUAAUAGCGAUACCGUACAAUCUGACGGCCUUCCCAGUAACGGCAGCUAUGCUUACUCUGAUGAUGCGAACGGUAAUAUGCAGGAAAAUACUUGUAAUAUGGACUCUUCUUCCUUAUCCGACGAUAACCCCUUUAUAGCUUGCUCACCUGGUCGUACCGCGUCUACCGUUGAGGGGCUAUUUUCUCCUAGAUGCCCACCACUCGAAAAUGUCCAAUCCAGCUCGGUUGAUUCCAUGGACGAAAAUGCCGAACCGCCGCUCUCUUAUUAUCUCUUUGCUGAGCACGUUCGUUCCCAAGUUUGGAAGAUGCAGCCCCGAUAUCCCGAAGAAGAUAUCAACAUUCUCGUACACGAUCAAUGGAACCAAUUAACGCCAACUGGGAGAUUUGCGUGGGAAGCCAAAGCGAACGAGUUGAUUUCGUCUACUCCGCAUAACGCUUCAAGCUGUUCGGAUAAUCCAUUUGACAUAAGCAACGAUGAAAACCAGGAACCGUUCGGCAGCAAUCAACGUACUAGUUCAGGAACAAGACGAACUACAUUGUCGUUGCUACACGAAACACAGAAUACACUUCGGCUAACGUCUCCCCCAAGAGCUUAUAAUAAAUCUAGCGGAUUUGAAGAUAUAUCGUCUGAACAUUUAAUAAACCCUACUUUUGAAAAGUAUUAUGAUGAUAAUUUACAUACACCCGAACCGGAGGAGCGUGCAUACAAAAAACGAAAAAGGGAAAUGACUGCAACACUUGAGAGACAGCUAAAUAAUUUGUUAGCAUUCAGAUCCGAUGAAGAUGACGAUGAAUACGACAAGGAGAAUAUGUCUCCGCUCUCACAGAAAACUAGCAAAAGCGUUACAAUAUCUGAUAGUGAUUCUCCGCUCACAGCCUUUCCUUAUUAUUCAAUAAACUAUGUUCGUCCCGAAAUAUUUAAUGAUCUACAUAUCGGCUCGCAGAAAUCAUGGACAGACAGACUCCCAACUGAAGAUGAACUAUUGUUCAAGAGAGAGCUAGGUGCAAUAUUUGCUGGUUCUGUUGACACACAAUCUUUAGAUGUAGUAAGCAAAGAGAUUCCCAACACUGAGCCAUCAUCAAAUGAAAUGUCUGCAUCAACACCACCCAAACUUCCUAAACCUGCUUUCCUUCUAUUCUCCAAGGAGCUGUUACCCAAGUUAUGGACAUUACAUUCUCCUAUGCCAUUCAGUUCUAUAAGCAAAACGAUUGUGGAUACAUGGUAUGGUUUAACGCUUGAAGAUCGUCAAGAAUGGGAAGAAAAGGAACAACUUGACAGGGACAGGUUUUUGAUGGAACAACAGGCAUAUGAAUCAUGCAAAGUUGAAGAGAAUCUCGGGUAUUAA